CCUCGUACCCCCCGCCCUACACAUCAGCUCCUACCUCAUAGCCGAAUCCAGUGUUGCUUUCGACUUUUGCUAUGCCAAGGAGAGCUCAGGAAACUUGUUAGGCGUGUUAGUGACGUCAAAACGACCGGUUGGUGUCAUAUCCGGCAAUUGUUGGUCCAUGACCUCCAUGCCGGCACAAGGCACAGCGGUCAAGGUCAACCUCAGCCGGAAUGUACUGGCAGAAAUGCUGUUUCCCUUGAAGAAGUUGGGCAUCGAAUACGUCACACUCAGCACCUUCGGGAGGUUCGAUCUCGUCCAGUACUGCAUCAUCGCCUCGAAGGAUAACACGCAGGUCAAGGUCGAGUGGAGGCUGGAGGACGUGGCCUUGACCUUCGUUCUGAAGCAGCACGAAUGGAGGGUUAUCGACAGAAGCAGCGAGCUAGCCGUCAUCACCAGCAGCCAGCCCAUCCAGAUGACCUUCGUCAUGGACUCAGUCGACAUGGACCAUCAGCUGGCCAGCCACACCUACGGCCCCUCCCUCUGUGUCCUCGUACCCCCCGCCCUACACAUCAGCUCCUACCUCAUAGCGUAA